AUGAUGAUACAUCACACCCUCGGGAUAAAUCACACUGUUGGACCACAGGAGACCAAUGAGGACGUGUCCAUGAGCUCCACAGAGGAGAAGGGGGCGUUUUUGGAUCGGGACCCAUCAACAUUUGGCCGGGACUCCAUUCUAGAGAAUUUGGAAAUCGUGGUCCAGAGUAAAGGCACCCUCAGAAACCACGAGAGGAUUCACACAGGGGAGAAACCUUACAAGUGCUGGGAAUGUGGGAGGAGCUUUUCUUGGAAAGCAAGUCUUUGGGCCCAUGAGAAGGUUCAUGCAGGAAUAAAAUCUUACAAAUGCUUUGAGUGUGAAAAAUGUUUCACCCUGAGUUCAUCUCUUCAGAAUCAUGAGAAAACACCUGGAGAAAAACCCUAUGAAUGCCCAGAAUGUGAGAAACGAUUUAUGUGUUCUUCUGAACUUCAGAGACAUCAGAAGAGACACAAAGGGGAGAAACCCUAUCAAUGUGGGGAAUGUGAGAAAUGUUUUGUUACGCAAAGAGAGCUUCAGUUUCACGAGAGAAUCCACACAGGGGAAAAACCAUACAAAUGUGAGGAGUGUGGAAAGUGCUUUUCCCUAAAACAAAGCCUUGGAAGGCAUCAGAGGCUCCACACAGGAGAGAAACCAUACAGAUGCCUAGAAUGUGGAAAAUGUUUUGCUCAGAAGGGAGCACUUUGGAAACAUCAUAAAAUCCACACAGGGGAGAAACCAUAUCAAUGCUUCGAAUGUGGACAAUUUUAUUCUACCACAUCACACCUUGGAAGUCAUUUAAAAACUCAUACAGGGGAAAGAAAUUACAAAUGUUUAGACUGUGGGAGAGCAUUUGCUCAUUCAUAUUCCCUUAGAAACCAUAGCCGAAUCCAUACAGGAGAGAAGUCCUAUAAAUGCUCGGAGUGCGAUAAAUGUUUUUCUCAAAAAAAUACUCUUGUGAGACAUCAGAGAAUCCACACUGGAGAGAAACCAUAUAAAUGUCCAGAGUGUGGGAAAUGUUUCGCCCGAACUUCAUCACUUCGCAAGCACAUCAGAAGUCACACAGGGGAGUCGCCUUACAAGUGUGCCGAGUGUGAGAAAACGUUUCAUUGUAAAUCUCAGCUAAAAGUGCAUCAGAAAGUCCACAGUAGAGAAAAACCCCUUCAGUUGUGAAGAAUG